UGGCGCGGCGGCGGCCCGCGGCGCUGCCUGCGCGGCGGCCAUGACGCGGAGCUGCUCGGCGCUGGGCUGUACCGCGCGCGACAACGGGCGGAGCCGGGAGCGCGGCAUCUCCUUCCACCAGUUCCCGGUGGACGCCACGCAGCGCCGCGAGUGGAUCCGCGCCGUGAACCGCGUGGACCCGCGGAGCCGCCAGGCCUGGCGGCCCGGCCCCGGCGCCAUCCUCUGCUCGCGGCAUUUCGCCGAGGCCGACUUCGAGCGCUACGGCCUGCGACGGAAGCUGCGGCGGGGGGCCGUGCCCUCCCGCUUCCCCCAGCCGGAGCCGCCGGGCGCCGCCCGGAGAACCGGGCCCCACGUCCGAGGUCUGAAGCAGCCUCUACCCAGCCCCCCUACCGGGGUCACCGCCGGCGACCACAACUACAGCCUGAAGGGGCAGCAGGCGGGCGGCGGGGGGGCACGGCCGCCGCCGGAGACCCCGCAGCAGCAGCUCCCCGAGGCCGGGAGAUGCUCCCCCGAGCACCAGCCCAGAACGGUGUCCAGCAUCCUCUGGGAGCUGGCGGAGAAGCAGCAGCUUUCUGAGGAAACCGUGAGUUUGCUGCAGGCCCAGUUUUCAGAUUUGCCUUGUGAGUUGCACAGCUGGAGGCAGAUGGCAGAAUACUCACCAGAAAUGAGGCAGUUUGCUUGUAUUCUCCACCUCUACCAUAUUAAGGCCUAUGAUUAUCUACGGAAAAUUUUUCCUCUCCCUCAUCCUUACAGCCUGACAAAUUGGCUGUCUAAUAAUGAAGCUGCUGCAGGCUUCAGCAACAACAUUUUUCUCCGCCUUCAGGAAAAAGUGGAGAGAGGGGAACAGGCCUACCGCUACUGUGCCCUGAUGGUACAAGACAUGUCCCUGCAGAAGCAGCAGGAGUGGGACCCACAGACCCAGCGCCUGAUGGGCUUUGUUGACUUUGGAGCAGGCGCCCUUGACGCUGACGAAGCUCCGCUGGCCUCAGAAGCGAUAAUCCUCAUGGCAGUCGGCAUCUCAAGUCCCUGGACGGCUCCACUUGGCUACUUCUUCGUGAACAGCACGACUGGCCACUUACUUGCUCAGCUGCUUCGUCAGACCAUUAAUAAGCUGAACAACAUUGGCAUCACGGUGCUGGCUGUGACAUCAGGCGCCACCGCUCGUGGUGCCGAGACCGCCAGAGCUCUGGGGAUCAGGAUGGAUCCUGAAAGGAUUCAGUGUACUUUCCAGCAUCCGCCUGGCUCUGCUCACAGCAUCACAUACUUUUUCGACAUUUGCCAUGCGCUCCAGCUCAUAAGGAAUGCUCUGCAGUGCUUCCAGAAGAUAGAGUGGCUCAGUGACACCGUGCAGUGGCAGUAUGUGGUCGAGCUGGCAUCUUUGCGCGAGCAGAGGGUAUUAGAGCCAUGUAGUCCCAAGUCAGGCCAACCUGGGAGUGAGGAGAGUUACCACCUGAAGGUCAACCUUGCUACCCUGUUGUUUAGCGAGGGUGUUGCUGACGCACUGGAACACCUCCAGAAGCUGGGCCUGGCCUCAUUCCAGAACUGCAACGGUACUGUCAAGUUUGUGCGUUUGAUGAGCCGUCUGUGUGAUGUAUUUCAUGGCAGAGGUCCCUACAGAAGGGGACUAAAGGGGCCUUUGAUAGCUGGAAAUUACACCAAAAUAAGCCAACUGUUUAAUGAGGCCAAGAGCUUCUUCGUCACCUUAACAGACUCUAAGGGGAGACACAUUAUUAAGGGCAAACGCAAACUAGGAUUUAUGAGUUUCUUGCUCAAUGCCGAAAGCCUCAAGUGGCUUUACACCAACUAUGUGUGUCCCGAAGGCACUCCUUCCCACUACCUCCUGACCUAUGCCUUCAGCCUUGACCCGCUGGAGAUGUUUCUCAGGGCCCUCCAGCAAGCCUGUGGCAGCAGUGGGAGCCCCACCUGCACUGUGUUUCAGGCUGCUUAUCACAAACUGCUGGCCAACUGCAGCCUGGCACCAGGCUCGCUGUACAGUGGUGGCUCAGGCAAUACGAGCUCUUUGGACAUAUCCUUGUCUUGUAGGAGAGAUCUGACCCUUGGCAGCAUUCGUGCUCAGUAUAACCCAGCUCGUGGGAGGACACUGUCAACAAAGUACCUCUAUUGUGCAGGCCUUCUUUUGCAUGGCUCUGCACUGAGUAAUGCGCUGACAGACCUAUCGCUGCAUGCCCAGAGCGUCACCUGCGCCGCAGGCUUCGUUGCUGAGCAGUUAGCCUCUGACUUGCAAUGCGACGCUUGUCUUGCUUCUCUCUUUGAGUUAGAUGAGAGCAGGCUUAGAUGCGGGUCGGUGCUCUACAUAAAAAAGUUAGGUGGAGUGAGUCUGCCCUCAGCAAGUGUGUAUCACAUAACAAACAUUUCGGAACAAGUCCUAAACCGGUAUGGCAACGUAGGAGAUGGCAACAAAACCACCAAGGUAUGGCAUUUGUCUCUAGAACAGAAAGUCUUCCAGGAGCUUCUGGGAGGAAGUCCCCUUUUCCCCACCCUCACAGACCAUUUAUUUGAUGGGGAGUUGUGUGUCAGCAAUCACUACACAAUCUUAAUAAAGCAAAUAACACGAUGUUACUUAAACAUCAGAACAAACCAUGCCAAACACCUGAACUUGAGAUACCAUUGUGGAAGGCACAGAUUGAAGAAACUGAAGGGAAAACAUUUGUUUCCAUCACCACUGGGUAGCUGUCAGUCAAGCCAAACCCACGUGCGGUCAUGAGUGCUCGUUGCUGUUCCAAGGGUGGCUGUCCCCUACUGAGGCUCAGUGGUGGCCACAUCUAGGCAACACAUGUGAGGAAGUGAUGUGGCGUCUUCCCAUGGUUUUGCGGGCAAAAGUGAUGUUGAUAAGCAGUGAUCUGUUGGGCCACUGCAAACCAUCUGAUCAGAGUUUGUCUGAGCAAAGCAAGGAAGUUCAUCUGAUCCUGUUUUCCAUCUAGUAAUCCUGCAAAGCAGCCACAUAUUUCAUGAGAUAUGCGUGGCAGGCCAGGAUGAGAGAUGGUUGCCUGGGAAAGUGGUAGGGGACACUGCAGAGCAUCUCCUGGAGCUGCUGGGUGGCUUAGUGCUGUGAGUGCUCUUGCUAGGAAAAAACUGAUGCAUCUCAUCUUCCAUGUGGUUGGGGGGAGGUUAUGUGUGCUGGCAAUUUGAUUUCACUAAAGCGGAUCUGCUUUAAAAAAGCAGGAGGCAAGAAAGCUUGCAGAGCUUUUACUUAAAAAGGAAAAUAAAAAUACAAAAAGAAAAUGGCACUGAAGUUGUACACAAGCUCUAAUCUCCACUCCCACAUGUCUCAAGCAGCUAAACAAGCUCUUUAAGUGUAGAUCUCCUGGAGGGGGGGACUACAGUAUCAAACUGCACCCCUAAAGCUCCAUGUUUCACAAAUGAAUCAUAGAAUAGUUUGGGUUGGAAGGGACCUUUAAAAGGUCAUCUAGUCUGGCCUACCCUGGAAUGAGCUGGGGCGUCUUCAACUAGAUCAGGUUUCUCAGAGCCCCGUGCAACCUGACCUUGAAUGUUUCCAGGGAUGGGGCAUCUACAGCCUCUCUUAGCAACCUGUGCCAGUGUUUCACCAUGCCCAUUGUAAAAAAAAAAAAAAAAUCUUCCUUAUAUCUAUUCCGAAUCUACUCUCUUUUAGUUCAAAACCAUUACCACUUGUCCUAUCACAGCAGGCCCUACUAAAAAGUCUGUCCCCAUCUUUCUUAUAAGCCCCCUUUAAAUAUUGAAAGGCCACUAUAAGGUCUCCGGUCUCCCCGGAGCCUUCUCUUCUCAAGGCUGAACAACCCCAACUCUCUCAGCCCGUCUUCAUGGGAGAGGAGUGUCCCAUCACUCUGUUUUUAUGGUGCUCCUCUGGACCUGCUCCAGCUGGUCAAUGCGUCUGCUGUGCUGAGGGCCCCAUAGCUGGAUGCAGUACUCCAGGUAGGGUCUCGCCAGAGCAGAGCGUGAGAAUCACCUCCCUGGACCUGCUGCCCACGCUUUUCAUGCAGCCCAAGAUGUGGUUGGCUUUCUGGGUUGUGAGUGCCCAUUGUUGGCUCAUGUCCAGCUUUUCAUCCACCAGUACCUCCAAGUCCUUCUCAGCAGGUGUGCUCUCAAUCCCUUUGUUCCCCAGCCUGUAUUGAUACCAGGGAUUGCCCCAAUCCACAUGGAGGACCCUGCACUCGGCCUUGUUGAACCUCAUGAGGUUCACAUGGGCCCACUUCUUGAGCCUGUCCAGGUCCCUCUGGAUGGCAUCCUGUCCCUCAGGCAUGUCAACCACACCACUAAGCUUGGUGUUGUCCGCAAAGUUGCUGAGGAUGCACUCAAUCCCUCUAUGUCAUUGAUUACGAUAUUAAACAGUACCCCUAUACAGACCCCUGAUGGACACCACUUGUCACCAAUCUCCAUCUGGACAUUGAGCUGUUAACCACUACCCUCUGGAUAUGACCAUCUGGCAAAUUCCUCAUCCACCAAACAGUCCAUCCAUCAAAUCCAUCUCUCUCAAUUCAGAGAUUUGUUGUGGGGGACCGUGUCAAAGGCCGUAGAGAAGUCCAAAUAGAUGACAUCCAUAGGUCUUGUCCACUGAUGUGGUCCCUCCCAUCAUAGAAGGUCACUGUGCUGGUCAUGCAGGACUUGCCCUUGGUGAAGCCACGCUGGCAAUCUCAAAUCACCUCCCUGUCCUCCAUGAUCUGUUAGAAGCAUAGCUUCUAGGAGAGUCUGUUCCGUGAUCUUCCCAGGCACAGAGGUGAGGCUGACAGGGCGGGAGUUCCCAGGAUCCUCCUUUUUACCCUUUUUAAAAAUGGGUGUGAUGUUUCCCUUUUUACAGUCACUGGGGAUUUCACCUGACUGCCACGACUUUUCAAGUAUCAUGGAGAGUGGCUUGGCAACUACAUCACUUAAUUCCCUCAGGACUCUGGGGUGCAUCUUGUCAGGUCCCAUAUGUAUGCCCAAGUUCCUCAGGUCCAUCCACAUGAGAGGUGUGGCGAGAGAGGUUGCCAGUGGAGACUGAGGCAAAAGAGUUCUUGAGUACCUCAGAUUUCUUCUUGUCCGUUGUUACCAGUCUGACAGUCUUGCUCAUCGGGGGUGGGUUUUCUUUGACCUUCCUUUUUGGCUGACAUACCUGUAGAAGCCCUUCUUAUUAUUCUUUGUGUCCCUUCCAAGUUCAGCUCCAGAUGAGCCUUGGCCUUCCUGACCCCAUCCCUGCACAACUGGUAGCGUCCCUAUACUCUUCCCAGGAUACCUGUCCCUGCCUCCACUGCCUGUGCAUUUCCUUCUUGUGCUUCAGUUUGACCAGCAGGUGCUGACUCAGCCAUGCUGGUCUCUUGCCUUCCUUUCCUGAUCUCAUACACCUGGGGAUCAAGAGCUCUCAUACUUUAUGGAAAGUGUUCUUGAGUAUGUGCCAGCUCUGUUCUCCUGCCUUGUCCCUGAGGGCACGUUCCCAGGGGGUCCUAUUGGCUAACUCCUUGAAGAGCUGGGAUUUGGUUUCUUAAGUAGUAGGUAGCGGGUAAGUGGAUGCUGAGUGAGGUAGUGGAUAGCAGAGAGGCUGUUGUGCAUGAAGGUGACAAGGCAGCGCUGAGGCUGUGACCAGGCUGUUGUGCCCAGCAGCACCCAGGGGGCACUGACACCCUCUUCUCUGGGCAGGAGCCCCGGAUACCAGCAUAUGGAUGUGCUGUAGCAGGGCGAGCGUUUUGGAUGCCAUUACAUGGCCCCAUCAGGUCAUCCACUCAACUGUGCCACCUGGCCCCAUCCUCCCAGAGCUGGUCAGCAUCCUGCAGCCCAGGGUAGGAGGCAGUCUCCUUUUCAGAUGUUGUUUCCACUGAUAGACAGUCAUAGAUUUGAUGCUACCAAGUAGAAUAGGCUUUUUCAGUCACCUCAUUUCCGUGGCAAGGAAGCUGCCUUGGUAUGCAAAGCUAUACCUGGAAUAAGGAAGUUUGGCAUAACUGCUGCUAAAUGGCCUCCCUUUGCCAUGCAAAAUAGCAGUUGCAUCUAUAGAGCUAGAUGGCAAGGAUUUCCCACAAAACUCUUGGCUGUUCAGUUUCUUUUGAGCUGCAUGUUGGAGACAGGAUGAAAAAUGGUGAUCCACCAUGUCCCAGGGGCAGGUAUAAUAUUCAAGGUGCCAUUCUGCCUACGAGUGACUUGACAAAACUGUCCCUGGUCGGUUUGGAUUCUUCCUCCUCUUCUAGUCCUACUCACUCAUGGUGGGAGCAGAGCUGCUGCACUCAAUUCCUCAACCUCUGCUCUGAAAGCAGCGGCACCACAGAACUUCAUCCAUUCUCUGCUGGAAGUACAAAAAAAACAACCUCUAUAGACUUUUUUCCCCAGUCCAAUUACCUAUGCAAAAAGCCAUGUUGAAGACAUUACUGCUGCAGAGACAUUCCAGCUCCAAGAGACUCUGCAGGAAACUAUUUCCCUCCCACACACAUAGGCGAUUUUUAGGUCGACUGGCAAAACGCUGCUGUUAUCCCAGUGGUAGAUUGGUUGCACUCAUGUAAUGUUGUAACAUUUGCACUGCCUAAACCUCCAGCCCCAACAUGAGCCGAGCUGUGGAGAACAGGCACUUCCUCGCUGUGCAUUUUUUUCAGCUGGACAUAAGCCUGCUGCCACUUCCUGUUUACAUCUGAGCGAGCUUGUCUGGCUCAGUUCAUGCCGAGCCUCCUCCCGAACAGAAAGCUCUUGCACGAAGACGCACAUGACCUUCUGGCUGCUGGGGUGAAGUUGUAAACAUGGCAGGCGUGCUGCACACAGGGCUUCCCCAUCUCUGAAUUUCUGAUGGGUUUUGUGCAGUUGGUGCCGAUCGGUGGCAGCUGCUGCGCAGACAGGCUGACGUUGGGCUCUGUGCAUUCCCGUGGCUCACCUGCCCAUACCCAUGACCACCACAGUUCAAACAUCCUUUUGUAAUUCACCGAAAUAUUGAUGACGGAGGUUUUCAAGAGAUGUUGAGGAAGUUUUACAGGGCUUGAUAGGAUGACAUUUGAGUAAAAGCACGAUAUUAGAAAAAAUGUGUCAGUUAUCUAAUUAACAAAGUUAUCCAAUAUUACAAGAAAGCUCGACAGUUGUUACAGGAACCCUGUACCAAUUGCCAUUAUUUCCCAAAAAUACAGACCUGCUGCUGCCCACCACAGACACUGCUGGCUGUACUCACUCUGCAGCAACUGUUAGAUUUCAGUGGAAUUUUUCAGCAUUCAUAACUCCCCAAUUGCGACCAAGUGAUUUUCUGCACCACUCCUUUUCCCACAGUGUUGACACUGCUCCAGCAACUACUUGCUCAGACAUCCACCAUCUUUCUCUGAAACACCCCCACUCUCGCUAGCACCAUGUCCUCCAUGACGUCCAAGCCCACCCCUAAGUCACUUUGAGCACCUCAUUCCUUCUCCAAGUCCUCUACGGCAGCCUUCUCUCGCAGCAGCUGGUGUGCUAGGGGGGAAAAGCUCAGUCCAGUAACGUCUUUCAUUCGCUCAACAUCCUAACAACGCUCCUAGGACUCCCUGAGCAUUGAUCAUAUACUACCAAGCAGCUAGUAAAAGCUGAACCUAGAAAUUUGAUGCACAAAAAUAAAACCAGGUUUUACUUUGCAGAAGCAAACCACAAGCUCUCUUAACUAACUUGUAUUCUAUAGUGCAACUGAAUAAUACAGCUUCGUAAGAGCUCACAAACCUCCUCCCCAAGAGAGACAUUAAAAGACACAAAUGCCACGAGAAAACAGUGCAUUGCAUGCUGCUAGCAGGGAGUCUAAGGCUCUCGAUAAGCUUUGCUUCCAAGUUUUGCCCGUGAUUCUCAAUGAGCUCUGUGUAGCACCCUGCUGUCUUCAAGGGCACUGCAGAAUGGCCUUGCACAUCUUUCUGCUCAGUCUAAGCCUGACUGUUGUCCAGCCAGUGCACAUAAAAAAAAAAAAGCGCUCUCAUUAAUGAGAAAUUAAUUAAAAGCUUUAAAAGAAAUUAUCACGUGGACUCAACUACCUGAUGCUGGCUUGGUUGACCCAUUUUGGCCCUUUAUGAACUGUGCCACAAAUUGCUAUGCGUGGCAGUACGCCAGUAACCAAGGGUUUAUCCCUGGUAGGAUUCAAUCUCAUACUGAAAAUCCAAGCUAGUACUUGCAUCAGAAGUAGGCCUAGCGUUAACAGAUUUAUUUUGAUAUUUCAGUGAAAAUCUGCUGUGUACAUUUGUCAGUGCUGAAGGA